UCAGACCUAUCUUUUCAGCAGUUUCUUCAGGAAAGUUCAGCGCCAGCCAUCAGCCAUGAAGAUUCUUAAAUACCUCCUGGUCUAUCGAAGGUUCUUGCUCAUUGUUCUCACCCCACUCCUUUUACUUCCACUCCCGCUUAUCAUCAAAACCAAAGAAGCAGAAUGUGCAUACACGCUGUUUGUAGUUGCCAUCUUUUGGCUCACAGAAGCUUUGCCUCUGGCUGUUUCAGCAUUGCUCCCUGCCUUUAUGUUCCCAUUGUUUGGUAUAAUGGGGUCCAAGGAGGUGGCAUCUGCUUAUUUUAAAGACUUUCAUCUACUGCUGAUGGGAGUGAUUUGCUUGGCAACAUCAAUAGAAAAAUGGAAUUUCCACAAAAGAGUGGCUUUAAAAAUGGUGAUGUUGGUGGGUGUCAACCCUGCAUGGCUUACUCUGGGCUUCAUGGUUAGCUGUGGUUUCUUGUCAAUGUGGCUCAGCAACACUUCGGCUGCUGCCAUGGUGAUGCCAAUUGUGGAGGCUGUAGCUCAGCAGAUCACCCGAGCUGAAGCAGAAGCUGACAUGCUGGAGAUGUCCUGCUCCAAUGGCUCCACCAACCUGGCACUGGAACUAGACGAAAAUAUAGGACAAAGUGAAAACAGUGACUGGAAAGAGAAGAGAAAACAAGUGAAUGGGUAUGACAACGAUAUGGGGAGCACUGUUUGUACAAUUGAAAAGGAAAAUGAAAAAGAAAAGGAACAGCAGAACCUACCACCUGCUGAAACAGGGAGAAAAAGCAGAGAGGACAAAAACAGUGGGAUUUUCAAAGUGAUGUGCUUAUGUAUUGCUUAUUCUGCUACCAUUGGAGGGUUGACAACAAUCACAGGAACAUCGACUAAUUUGAUUUUUGCUGAGCACUUCAAUACACGUUAUCCAGGUUGCCAGUGCAUCAAUUUUGGAUCUUGGUUUGUCUUUUCUAUCCCCAUCGCAGUUAUUAUUCUGCUGCUGUGCUGGGUCUGGCUCCAGUGGCUUUUCCUUGGAUUUGAUUUUAAAAAUAUGUUCAAGUGUGGCAAGAAAAAAACAGCCAGAGAAGAGGCUUCAGCAAAGGUGAUUCAGGAUGAGUACAAGAAGCUUGGACCCAUGAGCUACCCAGAAAUUGUUACAUUUGUCCUGUUCAUCUUAAUGACCUUGCUGUGGUUUACCAGAGAUCCUGGCUUCUUUCCAGGAUGGUCUUCACUUUUCCCAAAAUAUAAAGGCUAUGCUACGGAUUCAACAACUGCCUUAGUGAUUGGCCUCCUGUUCUUUAUUAUUCCAGCAAAAACAUUGACUAAGACGUCGAAUGGAGAAAGCACUGCUUUUGGUUACACUCCACUGAUUACUUGGAAGGAAUUUCAGUCAUGCAUGCCCUGGGAAAUUGCUAUUCUUGUUGGUGGUGGGUUUGCAUUGGCAGACGGCUGUGAGGUUUCAAAACUGUCUGCCUGGGUAGCAAAUAAAUUGACCCCUCUAGGAUCAUUACCCCUGUGGCUGGUUAUCCUCAUAUCAUGUCUUAUUGUCACGUCAGUGACAGAAGUGGCCAGCAAUCCUGCCACCAUUACGAUAUUUUUGCCCAUACUGUCUCCUUUGGCUGAAGCCAUUCAUGUGAACCCACUUUUCAUUUUGAUACCUGCCACACUAUGUACUUCCUUUGCAUUUCUUCUUCCUGUAGCAAAUCCUGCCAAUGCCAUUGUAUUUUCAUACGGCCAUUUAACUGUAAUGGACAUGGUGAAAGCUGGUUUGGGUAUUAACAUCAUCGGAGUUGCUGUAGUUAUGCUUGCAAUAAUGACGUGGAUAGUGCCUCUAUUUGAUCUCUAUACUUAUCCAAGUUGGGCACCAAACAUUUCUUUUUCAAAUAGCACUGGGCUGUAAAACAAACAAACAAACAAACAAAACAAACAAUAACAAAAACAACAACAACAAAAGCUGCAAAUUGGCUUGAACUGUUUUUGUUUCUUUUCUUUUCCACUGGCAUGUGGUGAGUCAGUUAAAAUGCUUUUUGUCACUACAACAAUAGAGAACCAUAUUAUUGUAAAUGCUGUA